UUUCUAAGUACAAAGAAUUUAUAUUACAGUAGUAGAAGGUUGAAGGAUCAAUCAUAGUUAAGUACCUCAAAAUAAAAUUAUAAUAAACUUGAAGUUAUUAACAGAAUAAUUUAACUCAGAGUAAAAAGCGUGGGGUGCUUGAUAUAGUAUGUAUUAUAAUCAUUCUAUUGGCUACUAUCUAUAAGAGGAGAAUUAUGAAAACGAAGUAAAAUGCACAUAUAAGUUACAACUUGAUGAUAUAAUUUUAAGGUAAUAAAUGUUAGAUCCAACCUUAUUCAGCAAAUUGUCGUACCCUAACAUCAGAACCCUAACAUGUUUUUAUUACGUCAUUGGUUGUUUGACGCACUUUGUGGUUUUUUGACGAUAUAACUUGGUUUGUUUUUGUAGUGUUGCUAGGUAACGGUGGUAUUGAAGUAAACUUUAUACAGUGGAAUAUGGAUAUCGCAAGAAUCUAUAAAUAAUAUCAAAACGCGUUAAAUAGACCACCAUGGAUAUUGAAUACAGAAUAUUGAAUUUAUAUUCAAAUAAACAAUACGAUGAAUGUCUAAAGCUUUGUAUUUUUGCCUUACAAGAUAAAGACGAUCGUACGAUUGAAUUCGUGCAAAUGAGAGUCAUGACUAUUCAAGCAAAAAUAGCUGGAAAUGGUUACGAAGAAGUUGAGUAUUAUCAACAAAACGACGAUUUUAAUUCUGUUGGCAUUGCUAAAACACCGAGAGUAGGUACCUCAUUUCAAAGGGAGAUAAAAAAUAAUCAACAUUUUGGGACUGCUAAGAAGCGCGCAGCUGUGACUGCCACUACGCGUCAACGUACAGGCAUAAACGUAGCAGUUUCUCGAAGUGCAAGAACUGCGCUACACACAGCAUCGCGUAUGUCUCGCGCAGCAACAUCCAUCGUAGGAGAUACGUCUUUCACUGUUGCCACACCCUUAUCACUUCGCUUGCUUAGCAAGGAAGACAAUUUAUUUGUCCCAGCAGCUAAAACUUUUUUUGAAUAUGUGUUCUAUUGUGAAGGAGAUGUUCGAAAGGCUAUGGACGUGGCUUUCCAAGCACUUAAAACCGGAGAUGCUACGGACUGGUGGUGGAAUUUUUCACUAGCCCGUUGUUAUAAUGCAUUAGGGAUGUAUAGAAGUACAGAAGAAUCUCUACGUCAAGCUCUCAAACAGAAUAAACACAUUAGUAUAUAUCUACGUUUGGUUGCAAUGUACGUUGGACUUAACCAACCUCUAUCAGCAUUAGAAAUAUGUAAACAAGGGUUAUCUGUUUUUCACGGAUAUACUCCACUUCUCUUAGAACAAGCCAGGGUACAUGAUGAGAUGGGGAAUACUGCUUUAGCAGUUAAAGAAUAUCGGUUGGUGGCUAUUGAAGAUCCUUCUAAUGUAGAGGCUAUAGCAAAUAUUGCCAUGUAUAAUUUUUAUAAUGACCAGCCGGAAAUAGCUUUGCGUUAUUACAGGAGGUUAUUAGCAACAAAUUCGUCAGGUCCAGAAAUUUAUAACAAUCUCGGCUUAUGUUGCUUGUAUUGCAACCAAUGGGAUCUUAUUAUUCCGUGUUUUAGACAGGCUUUGUAUUUCUCUACCAACCCCGCAACUCGAGCAAACAUUUGGUUCAACAUUGCACAUGUUGCUUUGUCCACGGGUGACAUGACGUUAGCUCGACGUUGCUUACAAGUGAGUCUUGCAGUGAAUUCAGAAAAUGAAACCACGUUAAAUGCCCUAAAUGCAUUAGAUUUUCGUUUAAGGGCGCGGAGAAUAAUUGUAAAAUAAACACAAUUAAAAUAAAA